AUGGCUCUAAGGCGCGCCUGGUCGCUGCGCGCCACCGCCCCAUGCCUCGCCUCGCUCUCCUCGGUCCCGGCCGCCCACGAGCAGCCCUCCGCGGGCCCGGGCGACGUGCCGGGAUGUAGGGCUGCAGAGACUGUGCGGCCGCCGAUGCCCGCCGUGGACUUUGGCAACGCGCAGGAGGCAUACCGCAGCCGGCAUAGCUGGGAGCUGGCGCGCAACUUGCUGGUGCUGCGUCUGUGCGCUUGGCCGGCGCUGCUAGCGCACCACGAGCAGCUGCUCCAUAUUGCCAGGAAAUUUUUGGGGCAGAGGAUGUUCGACAGGCUAAUGAAGAUGACCUUCUACGGGCAGUUUGUGGCUGGUGAGGACCAGGAAUCCAUUCGGCCCCUGAUCCAUCGCAACAAGGCCUUUGGUGUUGGCUCCAUCCUGGACUACGGUGUAGAAGACGAUCUGAGCCCCGAGGAAGCGGAACGCAAAGAGAUGGAGUCAUGCACCUCUGCAGCAGAGAAGGAUGGCAGUGGCACAAAUAAAAGGGAGAAGCAAUACCAGGCCCACCGUGCCUUUGGAGACCGCAGGGAUGGUGUCAUUAGUGCCCGCACCUACUUCUAUGCCAAUGAAGCCAAGUGUGACAGCCACAUGGAGACUUUCCUGCGCUGCAUUGAGGCAUCAGGUGGAGCCAGUGAUGACGGCUUUGCAGCCAUUAAGCUAACUGCACUGGGGAGACCCCAAUUUCUGCUGCAGUUCUCUGAUGUGCUGACCAAGUGGAGACGGUUCUUUCACCAAAUGGCUGCUGAGCAAGGUCAGGCAGGGCGUGCUGCCAUGGACACGAAGCUGGAGGUGGUGGCACUGCAGGAAAGUGUGGCAAAGAUGGGCAUCGCAUCCAGGGCUGAGAUUGAAGACUGGUUCACGCCAGAGACCUUGGGAGUGUCUGGCACCAUGGAUCUGCUGGAUUGGAAUUCCCUCAUCGACAGCAAAACCCAGCUCUCCAAGCACCUGGUGGUCCCGAACACACAGACAGGGCAGUUGGAGCCCCUGCUGUCAGGGCUCACCGAGGAGGAGGAGCAGCAGAUGACGAGGAUGUUGCAGAGGAUGGAUAUGCUGGCUAAGAAAGCCACAGAGGUGGGUGUGCGGCUCAUGGUGGAUGCUGAACAGUCCUACUUCCAGCCAGCCAUCAGCCGCCUGGCCCUGGAAAUGCAGCGCAGGUUCAACAUGGACAAGCCGCUCAUCUUUAACACGUAUCAAUGCUACCUCAAGGAUGCCUAUGACAAUGUAACCCUAGAUGUAGAGCUGGCUCGCCGUGAGGGCUGGUGUUUUGGGGCCAAGCUGGUACGUGGUGCAUAUAUGGCCCAGGAACGUGCUCGUGCAGCAGAGAUCGGCUAUGAGGAUCCCAUCAAUCCCACAUAUGAAGCCACCAAUGACAUGUAUCACAGGUGCCUCAACUAUGUCCUGGAAGAGCUGAAGCACAAUGGCAAGGCUGAGGUGAUGGUGGCAUCACACAAUGAGGACACAGUGCGCUUCACCCUACAGAGGAUGGAGGAACUAGGCCUGCAUCCUGCUGACCACCAGGUGUAUUUCGGACAGCUUCUGGGCAUGUGUGACCAAAUCAGCUUCCCACUGGGCCAGGCAGGCUUCUCUGUGUACAAGUACGUGCCCUAUGGCCCUGUGAUGGAGGUACUACCUUACCUGUCUCGCCGAGCCCUGGAGAACAGCGGCAUCAUGAAGGGUGCCCAGCGGGAGCGGCAGCUGCUCUGGCAGGAGCUGAAGCGGCGACUCUUUACUGGCAGCCUCUUGUACCGCCCAGCCUAGCUGCCGCUGCCUUCUGAGCUACUACCACCCCUUCUGCUAUUACCCCCCAAGGACCUAAGCCCUAGGAAGGGUUUUAGUAGCCCUGGGGGAUCCUCAGGCCACUGCCACAGGUGCCACCCACCCAGCCUCACAGGAUUCAUCUUUUUACAUCUGUCUUUGAGACCUACUGAAGAUAGUGCCUGGUGCCCUUGGUGCCCACCCCCUGCCAGGAAGCCGGCCAUGAGGCAUGGGUGGAAUCUGAUUCCUGCUAGGACUGUUAGGAACUGUCAAGGAGCUGCCUUUUCAUAGUCAACUCUGGGCCCCACCUCUGCUGCCUGUGAUGGCCUUGGACCUGCAGGACUCGCCUUCUGCCAAGGUCCAACCCAGGCACUCUGUGCCCCACAGGUGGGCAGUGGCCCAACUGGAAAGUCUGUCUGAUCAAUAAAUCACUACGGUGCAGCUAAGAGCCUCAACU